AUGAUGAGCGGACGUGCGUCGGACGCAGGCGCACGCCCAAGCGGAGGUAUGGAUGAUGGAAAGGAGGAUGCGCUUGUAGACUCGAUCCUAUUACACCGCUACAACAAGGAACAGGACCGUAUGGAGUACCUCGUCAAAUGGAGGGACGAUGAAACCUUUUCCUGGGAGCCGGAAGAAGGCUCGGUCGACGCGGAGGAGCUCGUGUUCAAGUACUGGACCGACCGGCAGCAUAUCACCAAUAAGGCUGCAAUGAUGCGGCUGCACUCGAUGCGAUUCGCGUCUAUGCGGCGCAAGGCGAUGGCGGACGGCGUCCCCUUGAUAAAAGAGCCGCUUUCGGACGAGUCCUAUAUGGCGGACAUGACCGGGACACCCGAGCCGGACACAUCUAUAAACAGUAUGGGCGACGAGACGGUCGUAUACCACGGCCCGGAAGGCGACAACUCCAUGACCGAAUAUGGCAUUGCCGUGCUCGAACCGAUGGAAGGCCCCUCGCACGAAGAGUCUCAGCAGGCUGAGGCUCCGCAGCGAGCGCCGCUCGAGCCUGGCGCAAUGGACGUGGACUCUGGCGAGGUUUCGUCGAACAAUAGCAAAGCGCCGCUCGCAAGUGCCGCUCUGUCGCGUGGAGCAAAAAGCAAGCCGAGGAACGAGGCGGCGGAGGACAUGGCGGUCGACGCGCCGCAAUUCGACUCCCUGCCUAAGCUAAAUGGCGAUUCAAACGACGCAUUGUCGCUCGAUCCGUUGCCCGAGUUGGAUGGGGAGUCGAACGAUGUGUCGCGACCUGAUUCAUUGCCAGGACGCGCCCAAAAUGCGCAGCAGCUAGGUACGCUCCUCGGAGUGAGCAAUGGGCUGGAUGAUGCUUCGGAAUCGUUGUCCGACGCCCCGUCCGAGUCCUUGUCCGAAGCCCCGUCCGAGCCACUUUCCGACGCACCGCCCAAGUCGGGGCCCGUCGCAGGGACCGAGACAAUGCAGGAGCAGCACUUGGGGACAGUGUCUAGCGCAGCAUCCGAGCCGCUUUCCGAGCCGCUCUCGGACCCUCUUGCUCACCCGGUGCCCACGCCGCAGUCUGAGGCGCCUGGGCCGGAGCCGAGACCCGUGUCGCUUUCGAAUCGUGCUCCUGGAUCGGACUCGGCAGAUGCCGCAGACUCGGACGCGGCGGCAGUUUCGGGUGCGCCCGAGACAUUGGCGCACGCUCCCACAGCGCCGGCACCUGCACCUGCGUCGUCGUCGGCAUCUGCGCCAGACUCUGAGCAAGCCCCCGCUCCUGCGCAAACGCAGGCUGUGCCUGCCUCUACCCCCAGUGCGACCGAGGUCCCUGUUGCCCCUGCUCCUCUUGUACAAACCCCCACUGCAGCCUCUGCAUCCCUUUCUGCACAGAAAUCGGCGCCGGCGCCUCCCUCGACACGCUCUGUAACAAAGCCGACCCCCACCCACGCCAAGGCGCCGAAAUCCCGCGCGCAGCAUAGGGCCCCGUCGACACCCGUGCCGUCCUCGGCGGCGUCCGCGUCCGCGUCCAAGGUGCGCGUCCGUGUCGCAAGCGAUACGGCCGAGCAGUCCCGCAAGGCCUACCGCCUCGACGUCUCGUCGAUGCUGGUGCCCGAGUCCGAGACGGAAGACACAGACGUGGGCGUAGCCGAGGCUUUCCCCUCGACGGUCCUCCCCGGCAUGUCCCGCGCCGAGGUCCAGGCACGCGACAAGUACGACGCGAUGCCGUCGUGGGACAGCCAAGUAUCGCACAUUGAUGCGCUCGAGCGCGACAAGUCGGAUGCACUCGUGGCAUGGGUCGUCUUUAACGACGGCAAUCGCCUCUUUUACCCUACCGCCGUCGCGAACCAGCGCUGCCCUCAGGCCCUGCUCGCCUUUUACGAGCGCCACGAGCCAGCGCCGCGGCUCUUUACGCACGACAUGACGGUGCGCCGUGACGAUGCAGGUGCCGCAUUGCUAGGCAUACUCCAUACGAUCUGUUUCUUGCGCCUCCUCGGCACGCUCGAGCCGACGACGCACGAGGUGCUAGGCGUGGAACUCCCGCAUGUCGACGACGCAGCGACCGAGCGGCGCCUGCGCGAGGCUGUCGACAAGAUCCUGGCGCGCCUCGAUGCCGAGGUGCACCAAGGCACCGCGGUAGUCGAUGUGGUCGUCGCGUGGCACAAGGCCGAGUCGACGUCGCCCGUCGCGUCGCCGCGCACCGAGCAGCCGCCCGCGCACCCCGUCUUUCACUCGCCGUACUCAUGGCUGGCGUCUGCACUCUCUGUGCGCCGCGGGCCUCGGCGCCACGUUUGA